CUCUUAUUGGCUCUUUCUGGAACGACACUAAAUGGCACGAAUAACUACUGCACUCGUAAAAAAGCUUGUUUCUCUGUCUUCUUUUCAAGUUUAUUUCUACAAUUCAUAACAAAAGUUGUUGACUCACAAGCUUAACAUGCGAAAACCUAGCUUCGGCGGGAAACCUCCAAUAUUGGAGCUCCCGACUUUCGAAGGCACACCUCGCGAAGCAACGUUUAUGUAUACACCUUCUGAUCAGUCGACUAGAGACGUAGAAGGACUAUCUGUAUUCGAAUCCGAUGGUCAGAUUGAUCGAGAUUCAGUGUAUACCGAAAGUGACAAGGGCGAAGCAAAGAAAGAAGGGUAUCGCUUAUUUGGCAUCAUACCUUAUUAUAUCAGCGUCGCUUGUCUUGCUCUUUUCGUCUCACUCCUUGCUCUUACAAUCGGUCUUGUACUAUACUACUACUUACAUGGAGAAGACUAUCAGAAAUUCCGGACGCAGAUACAUACAGAAUGCUCAAACAAAGCAACUGCAAUUGAAAAACAAAUAAGUGGAAUUGCAGCCGCUUUCGGUGGAGUAUCUUUCUGGCUAGAUAUGUCACCAGAAUCGUCUCGUACACAGAGUGGAUUCGAUCUAGCCGUACGCUUGGCCACCGCCAAUUCUAUGAACACCAACGCAGUUGAGGUUAUUGCCUAUGCACCUCUUGUAAACGAUAGUGACCGUGCCGCUUGGGAAAGUCAAUAUCAAACAACUAUAAAACAGUCGCAACCAGAUAACUCGCUGAUAACAUCAGAGCAAAAGCCAUAUUACUUUCCCGUUCAAUGGCAAUCACCUGUGGGAGAAUUUAUUUUAGGACUUGAUGUAUAUUCGAGUCCUGUUAGAUCAGACGCUCUGAACCAGACGUUGCUAAACAAAACGCCUACUCUGACCCCUUUCUUUAGUUUGGUUAUUGCAAAUGUCACUGGAUUUUGCGUCUAUUACCCUGUGUACCAAAAUUAUUCCAUGAACGACGAUGCACUUUCCGCAAUUGUGGCGGUUUGCUUUGGAGCUGAUAUAGCUCUUAAUGAAGCACUAGAAGGCUUACAGGAUUACGUAACACACGUCAGAGUUAUGGAUCAUUUUGGUACUGUGGGCUACGAAACCACAGGGUCACAGGCAUCAGGCUAUAACGAAACGAUGGAAUUUUCUGUCAUGAAUGAAACAUGGGUUAUUUCCUGUUACGAAAAUUAUACAGCGCAACCAUUUGCUGCCGUCAUACUCUCUAUCAUAUUGUUGAUAGGCUUCCUAGCAACCAUUGCCAUUAUGGUUUGCUCAAGACGCUAUCAUCGCACGUCAAACGAUGCAAUCAUCCACAAGUUCAGAUACAAUCGUUCCAAGCGGCGUGCGCAAGCCAUUCUUCAAUCAAUUCCAGACCCGCUCCUUGUUCUCAACGGUGAUGGAAGAGUGGUGGAUUGCAAUCAGCAGGCUUUACAUGUUUUCGGAGUGGAUCACAAAAAGCGGCUGCUAGGAUGUCAUAUCAAGCACCUUUUCGUUUCCUCCUUUACAAGUGCGCUUAUUCGCGACAAUGUAAUACAACCAGGCCUUCAUGAGGUUAGGGUAAAACGCCAUCAAACUGGAGAAUACUUUAUAGCGGAAGCCAACUUUUCUUAUGUCGAAGACAUCAACGACGCUAAUGAUGAAAAGCCGUUCAUGACGCAAGUCGUAUUAAUGAGAGAUGUUUCGGCCAAAAAGGAGGCUGCAUUACAACUUCAAAACGCUAAACAACAAGCCGAAGACACAAACCAACAGAAAUCACAGUUUUUGGCAUUCGUAUGUCAUGAACUUAGAAACCCUCUCCAUGUCAUUUCUGGAAUGAGUGAACUUUUAAACAAUAUGGUUGUACAACCAGACAAGCAAGAAUAUGUCAGAAACAUCAUCACCUCUUCGAAUCAUAUGCAAAGCAUCGUAAAUGAUGUUUUGGAUAUUGCUCAACUGUCGGAGAAUGAACUACGUCUGAAUUAUCAACCCUUCAAUCUGAAACAAUUAUUAGAAGAUGAAGGAAAGUUUAUGAUGAGGUCAAUACAAGAACAAGAAGGCGACGUAAAGGGCGUCGUUAAUAUCUCCUACUCUGUACCUGAGUAUGUCAACAGUGAUAGCACGAGAAUAACACAACUUAUCAAGAAUCUUGUCGAUAACGCUAUCAAGUUCACUCAACAAGGCGUUGUUACCUUGGAGGUAUCUGCUUCUGACAAAAAGAACCCAGACUCAACCAUUGAAAAUGUUUUGUUCCUCAUUUCUGAUACGGGCAUUGGAAUUCCUGUAGAGCAUCAGGACGAGAUUUUCCAACCGUUUUCAAAAGCAAAUAUAUCCAUGGGUAAUCAUUUUGGCAGUUCUGGUAUCGGACUUUCCAUCGUUCAUCACCUGGUCGAUCUCAUGGGAGGCAGUAUAGAAGUGGAAAGUGAAGUCAACGUUGGCACUACUUUUAAAUUCACAUUGCCUUUAGCGCUUGCUACCGAGGAUGAUUUCUUGGCCUUCCAAUCCGCCAAUGAUUCUACUUCUUCAACGGCUUUAUCUCCUGUCAGCAAUUUCGGACCCUCUGCCAUAAAGCCUACACUGUUACUUGAGCGUCCACAACCAAAGAGUUCUUGGAGCAUCGCUUCAAAUGCGUCUAACGAUCAAAGUAUCGGAAGGAGCGAUGAGCAAGAUUCGCUACUCGUAAACCGGGGUUCUGAAACGAACCUUAUAUCAUCGGCUAGCACUGACGCACGUUUGUCUUCGUGCUUGUCUCUGUCAGGCUUGUCGAAUGGAGGCACAUCAAGCGGCGAACACGACUCCGAUGCAGUAUCAACUCCUAACUCUGUUCACGAGGGUGGAAGCUAUAGUACAACCCGGAAGGAUUAUUUUGGAGCACUGGACACAAGCGAACUAGGCACCAUCGAGGAAAAGCCCGUAUGCCUAGUAGCUGAGGACAAUGAACUUUGUCAAAAGAUCGCCACCAAGAUGCUCGGCAAAGAGUAUGUUGUCGAAAUAGCUGCCAAUGGCCAGAUUGCCGUUGACACUGUCAUGGCAGCACCAGACAGGUUUAACAUCAUUAUCAUGGAUAUCAUUAUGCCUGAAAUGGAUGGAAUCCAAGCUACUAUAGAGCUCAGAAAGAAUGGCAUCAAAAUUCCCAUUAUUGCCGUCACGGCUAACGCAGCCGAGGCCGACAAGAAAGAAGCCAUGAGGCACGGCUUCAACGGCUAUAUCACGAAGCCUUACAAACGUAACCUUCUAACUGCUAUGCAGCGAGCCCUGAGUGCUGCCAAGCAAGAAUCAUCAUCGUCAUAGCCACUCUCUGUUUUCAUACACCUGCCGACAACUAUACCAUUUCUGUAUGUGAGCAUAAGAUCUAACGCACAUGUAUUUUCUUUUUAAGCGUUAUAUAAAUAUCAGCUAUAGAGCUAUCACUCAAAAUUGUACACC